UGGAGUUCGACGACGUGGGUGAACGGACGCAAAAAAGGGAAGCAUACAUGCGGCUACACGCCUUUCUCCCUUGAUGUGUCUACCGAAAUGGCACAGGAAGGGCAGGAAGCUGGAGGAGGAAAAGGAUUGGAAAUUAUGUUGUGUUGAUAUGGAAAUACAUAGUGGACCAAGGUUGAUAUUUCUGGAACACAGCAUGCAAUUCCUUCAGUGUUUUAUUUCCAUGAACAAGGUCUAAGUCACUUGAUUAUCGCAACACAACGACACCCGCACAUGAUUGUCUGUAUGUCUUCGUCAAAAUCCUCAAUUGAGAUUGCCUAGUAGUUCUCUUUCGUCGCCCUCUUCAUACCAAUUCUAGUCUUCGUGGACAGCACGCCUUGGUUCGACGACAGGGGAAACCCAGAUGAGGGCUCUUGGUGGUAUGACGGUGGUGGCAUCUAUCGCCAUGUUUAUUUGGAAAAGAAAGCAGCUACUCUGCGAAUUGCUCGCGACGGAGCUUACUUGCCCACGCUGGUCGAUGGAGCUAUUACGGUUACACCUACUCAGAUGGAGACGAGGGAAGCGGAAGGCGGAUCAUCCUCUAUCUUGGUCGCUGAUGCUACUUUACAUCCUCGUAUUGAACUAGAAUCUUCGAGUAAAGUACCAGGAAGCAAACAGCAG